CGUAAGUUUAGGCUACUGGGAUGUGCCUUUCUCAAAAAAGUUCACAUACUUCAGAAGACUGUCGCCCUUCGACUUCUCCAAACCGUUUGUCAGACUACGUCCAGGAUUCCAACAAAGGCGCACGACAGUGUACGCUACUGAUUAAGAGUUUUUGCGACAGUUUUUCUUUCAAGAAGAAUUGGGAAUCUCUGGUGUUUUCGUCGACUGGCAGGAUAGGCUAUCCGGUUCUAUGUCCUUUUUUUAUCAUCCUCCUCCUCUCGCCCUUUAUAGCAUUCCUCCGUUGUUUUAAACAAACUGAAUUGAACACAAACGCGUUGGGGUGACCGCAGUGGAAUAAUGGGUUAAUAUUUUUGUGGUGUGCUAACAGUUCUCUGCUAAUCUAUUUUAACUUGGUCAAACUGUUACAUUUUACAAGUUGUCGCCAACUUCUACUGGACUCUGAUCAGACGUCGUUGGCCAUCGACUGGGAAUGCAACACGUCAAACCUUUUCGGGGAGGCAAAAAACAAAGUUAACUUUGACUUUUAAUCUCUUCGUCCAUCCUCUCCAAUUGACUCGACUCUCCUCGGCAGACAUGUCCAGCGUGAUGCGGAGUUUAAGUCGGUGUUUCCUACCGGCAGAGGCGGUUGGAGAGCGGGGCAAUGGCAAAGGGAAAAGUGGGGACAAGGACGUGCUGCUGGAACGAGAAGCACGGCGUCGGAGCCGGGAGAUAGACGCGAUGCUGGAGCGGGAGAGGAGAGCUACCAAACGGCUUGUGAAGAUCCUGUUACUCGGGGCGGGGGAGAGCGGCAAGUCAACCUUCCUCAAACAGAUGCGGAUCAUCAAUGGACACGAUUUUGACCGCAGAGCCUUACUGGAUUUUCGCGACACUAUUUAUGACAACAUACUCAAGGGCAUGCGUGUGCUGGUGGACGCUCGGGACAAGCUGGCCAUCCCGUGGCAGAGCGCGGAGAACGAGAAGCACGGCAUGUUCGUGAUGUCCUUCGAGGGUCGUGCGGGCGUCCGGGUGGAGCCGGCCACGUUCCAGCUGUACGCCGACGCCCUCGUCUCGCUCUGGGGAGACGCCGGCAUACAGGAGGCCUUCGCACGACGCAGCGAGUUCCAACUGAGUGAAUCAGUGAAGUAUUUCCUGGACAACUUGGACCGCAUCAGCCAACAGAACUACCUGCCCAGUCGGCACGACAUCCUCCUGGCCCGUAACGCCACCAAGGGCAUCGUGGAGCACGACUUCCUGUACCGCCGCAUCCCCUUCAAGAUGGUGGACGUGGGCGGCCAGCGCUCGCAGAGGCAGAAGUGGUUCCAGUGUUUCGACAGCGUCACCUCCAUCCUCUUCAUGGUCUCCUCCAGCGAGUUUGACCAGGUUCUUCUGGAGGACCGGCGCACCAACCGUCUGUCGGAGUCCAUGGACAUCUUCGAGACCAUCGUGAACAACAAGCUCUUCUCCAGCGUGUCCAUCAUCCUCUUCCUCAACAAGACAGACCUGCUGGUCGAGAAGCUCCGCGCCGGCGCCGACAUCCGCCGGAACUUUCCGGAGUUCUGCGCCGACCCGCGGCGGCUGGAGGACGUGCAGAGCUUCCUGGUGCGCUCGUUCGGCCGCCGCCGCCGCGGUGACCGGCGCUCGCGCCCGCUCUUUCACCACUUCACCACGGCCAUCGACACGGAGAACGUGCGCUUUGUGUUCCGCGCCGUGCGCGACACCAUCCUGCAGGAGAACCUCAAGGACAUCAUGCUACAGUGAGGACUACAAAUGCCCAUCUGAAAAGAAGACUACCAAUACCAGCAUGCAUUGCAAGAGUGUGCAACUCCAAUCUGCAGGAGAACCUAACUGACUACAAAGCACAACUGACACAAAAGCCUAACUGCCCCAAAACACCCAGCAUGCAUGACUGCACUGCAAGAGUGGAAAUCGCUACUUGCUAAAUGAUAUGGCACUUAAACAAGGUAUACAACAGUAAGUGGGGGAACUCCUUUAAUUGAACUACAUUAAUAUGGAGAAAAAAAAAAACUAUAAAUCCCAGCAUGUCGUUGUCUGGGAAAGGACUACAGUUGCCACAUUGCAGUAAUGCAGACUAGUGUGCCUCUAGUCAGGAAAAGGUUUUGCCAUUGGAUAUAAGGCCAGCAAGACCAACAUACAAAUAGACGAUUACAGUACAUAUCCCAGUCCUUUAUGAAUACACUCGACAGCAGCAUGUGUCUAUGAGGGUAUGCGUGUAUAUAUAUUACUAUCUGUGUAGAGAGUCAUUUUGAUCAUUUUAAUGAAAAUGGACAAAAAAACAAAUCGCUAGCUUGUGAAGAGAGAUGGGUCAUAAUCACUCACGGGUACCAGGGGGUGUCUGCCAAGGCUGGGUCUAGGAUUAAGCCAACCUUUGCUUUAUUAUUACUGUGAAAAAUAAUGUGUCAUUAGAGAGACCCAUUCAGUUACUCUAAUCAACACUCUCUAAAGAGUUAAUCUGAAUGACACAUGACACCACACACACACACACACACACACACACACACAAACUGUGGCGUACACAUCAACCAUAUGCAUUUCAUAUUCACUGAUUCAAAUGCCACUGACUUUCUUCACUGGUUUUAAAUCUGUUGCUCACACGUGGUUAUUGGAAAGCACUUACUGAAGAGCACUUAUUUGAUGUAACUGAGCUCUUUGAACUUGAGUUGUUAAGCUGACGUGCUGUACAUACGUCUGUACACACACACACACACACACACUUUUUAAAUAUUCUUAAAUCUUUUAUGGUCGGUUUAACUCCGAGUAUUAGAGUUGAAUAUACAGUACAUGUCAUAAUUCACUGGUAUAAAAUCCCUCUUUUACUUCUCUUUCUCUCUAUUUUCUCUCUCUCUCUCUCACCCACACACACCUACGAAUGCGUCUGUUACUUGUGUGGUUAUGUGUGUAGCACAUAUGGUUGUGUUACUUUCAGCCUGGCCAUGAAGUGAGCUGACAACUGUUUUUACUGUGACGGAACAAGUUGGUGUGCGCACACACACUCUCUCUCUUGCCCUCUCUCUCUUUCUCUCUAUCGUUAUCUCUCUCUCUCUUACACACACACUCACACUCAUAUACCUGUGUAAGAUGGAAAAGCAGCUCACCUUGGGGAACCUGUCACACAUGUCACAAUGCAUUAGCAUGCAUAUUUUAAAAUUCUUUUUAGAUUCUUUGUCCUCUUUCAUUUCCUGUCACUGGUAAUCUGUGAAGAGUAUUACGCUGUCUGGGACCCCUGCCUCCUGUGUAUCAAAGAACACACAGUUUAUCUCCAUGCAGCACGUGUGUGUGUGUGUGUGUGUGUGUGUGUGUGUGUGUGUGUGUGCAAUUCUGCACCCCAAUUCCGUGUGAGUAUCUGUAUGUGAAAGACUAAGCCACUCUAGACUGUAUGCAUCACGUGUGUGCAUGUGUGACAUGACAUGAAAACCACAUUUCCUACUUCUUCUCACAUGUCUUUGUUAGUUUCGGUGGUCGAUUUCAUUUCUCACUUCCCCCUUUUCACCAGCAGUGUUCUUGAGCUUCAGUUUUUGUCACGUGGUGGUGCCUUAUGAGAUGAUCGUCUUGGCAACUGGUUGUAAAGUCUGCUGACCGAUGUUCUCCCCCCUCCCCCAAACGGAAAGGUCAAAGUAGGUUUUGUUGUCGUAAUUUUUAACUAUUUUAUUUUCGUUUCAUUUUGUUUUUUUUUGUUGUAGGGAAAGGUUGUACUUGACAGGCUGGAGCCAGGUUAGGGUUGGAGCCAAGUUAGUAAGCUAGGGUUAAGGGUCUUAACAGGACUAGUUUGUUCAAUAGACUUUUAGCAAAACUGUGUUCAGACUGCUGGUGAUUGUUUGACUUGGGUGGCUUUUUUGUGUCGUUAUUUUGCGAUCUGAAGUGAACAUGAAAGGAAGGAGAGGUCAGAGACAUUAGGAGGGACUUAUGAGGCUCUGGGCCCAUGACGAGUCCUGUCAGCUCCAUUGCCUUGUAUGUCCAGUCAUUGGGUUUCUUUAUUAGGAGGUUUACCACUUACUCGGAGUUAACUCACCCAGAGGUUCAAAUUCCCAAACAGGCCAAUGCUUGCAAACGUUUGCAAACAGUUUUCUACGUUUUUUAUUUUUUAUUAUUUUUUAUAAGGUUUACCACUUUGAGUUAACUCACCCAGAGGUGCGUUGAAAUUCGCAAACAUAGGCAAACGUUUGCAAACAGUUUGCAGGCCAUUUUCUGUUUGCUUAGAGUUAAACUAAACCACCUACCGGUACUUGGCUUUUUUUUUUUUUAGGAGGCUUACCACUUAACUCACCCAAAUUCGCAAACAUAGGCGAACGCUCGCAAACAGUUUUCUGUUUUCUUGGAGUUUUCCGCAAACAUUUUUUUUUGUGAAGACAGGGGGCUUCUCUACUAGGAGGUUUACGGCUUAGUCAGAGUUAACUGGACCAGGUUUGUCACUAAACCACCUACUUGGAAUCUCCCUCCUGUAUGGGAGUGACCCUCUCGGGCUGUUAGAAGACGUUUUGUUCGCUGUGAGAUAUAGCUCUCCAUUUAAAUUCUGUGUGGCAACAAAUAUAUAGUUACACAUGGAGCUGUCUUUCACUUGACUUUAGUAGGGCCAAACAGCUGCAGUCUGGGCUGUCCUCAAGGGUGUGUGUGUGUGUGUGUGUGUGUGUGUGUGUGUGUGUGUGUACACAUAUGUCUAUGUGUCCGCGUGACACGUGUGUGUGUGUGUAUCUGCAUCAGAGCCUGUGUGUAUGUGUGUGAGCGAGAGAGAGCAAGUUUGGCGCUCUCUCAGCCUAAACACAAUGGUCUGAUUGUGUGUGUGUCAGAGUCCCUGGUCUCUGCUGGUUGUAGGAGCGUGUUCUUGGGACACAGGAAGUGGUGCGUGUCUGGGGCCCUCCCAGACAAAGCCGGGAUGCAGGAAAGAGCACGGAAUCACUCAGCACCCAGCGCCACCUGAGUCACCACUCAUCAGCUGCACAACAAUAAGAACAACUCCUCCAACACUCCACUCAACUCACUCUCUACUCUCUCCUCUCUCUCUCUCUCUCUCUCUCUCUCUCUCUCUCUCUCUCUCUUGGAUAGUACUUAGCAUCAGGUAGUACUACUUUGCAUUUUAAGUGAAGAGUUGUUUAAGCAGCUGGAAAUAUGAACAUCAAACAGCGCAAUUCUCUCUCUCCCUCAGGUAUUACUUAGCAUAUGAACAGAUGCCCCUGCACCUCUCUCCCUCCAUCUCCCGCUGCAGGUAUUAGUUAGCAUAUAUCUCCCGCUGCAGGUAUUAGUUAGCAUAUAUCUCCCGCUGCAGGUAUUAGUUAGCAUGAAAAGAGAUGCUGCCUUUGGUCUUCUUUCUUUCUUAUUUUUCCACUUUUCUUUCUUGUACUUCAGGUAUUGGUGAACUGACAUAUUGUUCCUUCCUCUCGUACUCUGUCAUACUAAGAUAUGCUGCAUUUUAAGGUGUUAUUUUUCAUGUGCCACUCUCUGUAUUUCAUUUUAAUGUUUUGGAGUUUUUUUUAUAUAUAUAGAUACAGUUGCUACUAUCUACAGUUUGUAAUAAUGCAUUCUGUAGCAGCUUAGCUGGGAAAUUAAUGGGCAGUCAAAAUGUCCAUAUGGCAAACCGAAAUCUAUGUCUCCCACCAUUUUGUUUUUUCUUUUGUUGCAUUUUAACAUUGCACUGGUAUUAGGAGGAUCAAAACACUAUCUAGGCUCGUCUGUGGUUUCAAAGUUGUGUCGGUGUGCCAGGCAGACAGAGCUAAACAUGAAUCUUUUAGUUUUGGGAUUCGCACACAGAUCUUUUUUGUGCUGGGAACAGAAAUAGAGACAUCAGAAACAGAUGUUUGAGCUCCACUCGUUUGUGUGUGUGUUUUAAAAGGAAGAAAAAAAAUGGAAUAAAUUCAGUGUACAUUUG